AUGAUACAAUUUGUUUCAAAGCUCACUGGGCGCGAUGCUGACAUAAAACCUCCUACUCCAAAAAAAGGAGUACAAAGGAUUAAAGUUAAACCAGCUGCAACAGUAUACAACUUUGUUACGUCAGAAGAAGAGGAAGAAGAGCCUGAAGGAGUUGAAAAUGACCAGCCACAGGAAGGAGCAAGAGAGUCAGAAGUUGAAGACAAUACCAACACGAUUGGUAUUGUUGAAAGUGCUACACAAAAGGAAACAAAUGAAAUCUCUGUACUGUUAUCAAGACAAGACAGACCAAAAGAACCAAGUUUGUAUUUGGAGAAUAUCUCAGAGAGUCUUUCAGAGAAGGAUCUUAGUUAUUCAUCUCAGGAUGCCAAUCAAGAAGAGAAAAACAGAGUAAAUGCACAAGUAGAAGUGCAUGUUAAGACACAACCUCAGUAUCAGCUUACUGUGCGUGAUGUUGAUAUAAAACCUCCUAUUCCAAAAAAAGGAGUACAAAGGAUUAAAGUUAAACCAGCUGCAACAGUAUACAACUUUGUUACAUCAGAAGAAGAGGAAGAAGAGCCUAAAGGAGAUGAAAAUGACAAGCCACAGAGUCAUUCUUCUGGGACUGGCAAUUCAAAUGGAACCAAGACAGUACCAGAACAAGUAAAUGGGGAUUCUAAGAUAGAACCUCAGUUUCAGUUCACUGUAAGUACCUGUGACACAGAAGCUGUUACUCCAGAUAAAGGAGUAGAAACAAUUAAAGUGCAAGAAGCCACAACAGUACUAAAGUCAGUAUCCAUAUCAAAGGAAGAGCAAGAAGAGCUUAAAGGAAGUGAAAAUAACCACCCACAGAAUUUAUCAGAGAAUCUUACCAAAGAGGAUCUUCGUUGUUCUUCUGGGAGUGGCAAUUCAAAUGAAACCAAGACAGUACCCAAACAAGUAAAGGGGUCUUUUAAGAAACAUCCAUUGAAGGCUAUUCAGAGCACUAUUAACAUGACAGUUUCCAGUCUGAAGAAAGCAGUAGGAAGGAGGAAUGUGAAAAUAUCCAGAUCAGCAAAACAAGACUUUAUGGUAAUAUCAGAGGAAAAAGAAGAAAAGCAGGAUGGAAGGAAAAAUAAUCAUCCACAGAGCAUCUCACAGAAUCUUAAAAAGAAGGAUCUUGGGUAUUCAUCUGAGGCUUCUAAUCAAAAAGGAAAAAAUACAGCGAAUGAACAAGUCGAAGGGUUUUCCGAGAAACAUUGCCAGUUGAAGUCCACUCAGCAUGCCAUUAAGAUGGAAGUUUCCCAUGGCAAGAACGCAGUAAAACAGAAGAAUGUGCAACUAUCCAGAUCAGAACAAGCCUUGCAGAUGUCAUCAGAUGAAGAGAAAGAAAGUCAUGAAGGAAAUAAAAAUAAACUGUCAAAGGUUAAAAAACAAAGGAAGAAGUGUGAAGCUAAUGAGAUAGAAGUAUCUAAAUACCUCUGUGAUUUUGCAACUGAUAACAGUGAUGAUGAUGGAUUAAUUCAAAAAAGAAAGGCUGGAGAAACCUACAAUCAGCAGUUUUCCAGGAAGGAGAAUGAAAAGUGGGACAGGCCUACAAAGAGAACAUCUAAGAAAAAGAACAAGGUGAAAAAACAAAUACACACUAUGGAUGACCAUGAUGACAUAACCUGGUCAUCUGAGGGAGACUCAGAGGAUUAUGAGUUGCCUUCUGUUAAUUAUAAGAAUUUGACAUUUCUUGCUAAACAACAUGGAAAGCACUAUAAAGAGCCAGCCUUGCAGAUGUCAUCAGAUGAAGAGAAAGAAAGUCAUGAAGGAAAUAAAAAUAAACAGUCACAGGUUAAAAAGCAAAGGAAGAAGUGUGAAGCUAAUGAGAUAGAAGUAUCUAAAUACCUCUGUGAUUUUGCAACUGAUGACAGUGAUGAUGAUGGAUUUACUCAAAAAAGAAAGGCUGGAGAAACCUACAAUCAGCAGUUUUCUAGGAAGGAGAAUGAAAAGUGGGACAGGCCUACAAAGAGAACAUCUAAGAACAAGAACAAGGUGAAAAAACAAAUACACACUAUGGAUGACCAUGAUGACUUAACCUGUUCAUCUGAGGGAGACUCAGAGGAUUAUGAGUUGCCUUCUGUUAAUUAUAAGAAUUUGACAUUUCUUGCUAAACAACAUGGAAAGCACUAUAAAGAUUCUUUUAACCAAUUGGAAAUUCAAAACACAGCUCUUCCCUGUAAGAGCCAUGCAGAACGUAACAAAAAUUAUUAUAAAAAACUUACAGAUAAUAUCAAAGCACUGGAAACUAUGAUUAUUUUUCUAAAAAUGAAGCUAUCUAAAACGAAAGGAAUAAACUUACAGUUAUACCAUCAAAGAUGUGAAUGGGAGCAAAAACUCCACAGUUUGAGAUUCACACUAAAAGAAAUGGAAGAGAUGAGAAAAAAUGAUUCUAUAGCAUUUGAACAAAUUAAGGAAAAGUUAACAAGAGAAAUAGAGCAACAUAGAAAAGAAGUUGCGAUAAAAGAAGAAUUGGAACACAGACUGAGAGCCCAAAAUGUGGAGUUGGGGACCCUUAGAAAUAAUCUGGAGAAUUGUCAAAGGCAUGAACAUGAAAGAGAUCUCCUGAACAAAGAAAUUGUCAGACUAAGAUUGAAAGUAGAAAGAAUGAAAAUGAACAAUGAGGAGAUAGACAAGAAACACUUGCGGGACUUGGAAAUCAUCAAAGACAAGACUGAUGAUCUUCAAAAUGCUGUAAAGCUCAGUGAAGAAAGGUUAAUGAAAGUAACAGCCCAGUAUAAUGGCCAGCUCAACAUACUACGAGACGAGAAUAAAGUGCUACAAGCCAAACUGAAGGAAGCGAAAGAAAACCAGAAAAAACUAGAAGCAGAACUUGAAGCCCACCGUCUCAGACUGGCAGAUGCUAACAGUGAGCGUCACCAAAGUCAGGUCUCCCAAAGAGACCUUGCCUUCAUUGUCCAGAGAACAAAAGAAGAAUGGUCUGGUACACUGGACUAUAUGAACUCUCGUGCCGAAACCCUUUUCCAACAACUCUGUGAUGCAGAAGAGAAAUUCAGUUGCCUGCAAGCUGAGUUUUGUCACAUGAAAGAUGCUCUUCGAGAGAAGAGUUUUGCUCUAGAAGGUGCACAGAGAGACCUGAUGGAAGCACAGUUUGAAAAGCAGAACAUUCAACUGAAGUAUCAAAGUGAACAAAGAACAGUGAGUAUGUACAUUGUAAAGCAGGAGUCUUUAGAGCAGAGACUGUCCGGACUGCAAUGUAAAACUAUGUCACUUCAACAACAGCUGGAUGAUGUUCACAAGGAUUCUGCAGAUAAAGAGAAGGCAAAACACAGCAGAGACAGCCCGUGUGCUGCAGUGGUGAAGGCUCUUGAAGUAGGGCAUGAAAGGUACAGUCUGCUUUUGGAAGAGGAAAACAAGAAGUUGCUUGAUGAAUUCAAUCACUUAAAAGAAAGGCAGUACCAAUAUAAAAAAGAGAAAGUGAAAAGAGAAGCAGUUUUGAGACAACUUCGCCAAGAACUGUGUGAUACCAUGCAAAAACUAUCCAGAUCGGAGACGUUACUAGAAACUACAUCACGUUGUCACAUUCAUUUAGAAGAUGAGACCCAACAUUCAAUGAGAAAAAUAAGUCAGAUGACAAACCAAUUUCAAGAAGUAGAGGAUCAACUCAAAGAGGAAGGACACCGUGCCGAGAAGAUGCUAGACCAAUGGAAAAAGAUCAAAAUGGCAAAUUCCAAAUUAAAACUUACUGUCAAAGACCAAGCCGAAAAACUCAACCAGUAUGAGAAAGACUUGUCAAGUGCAAGUUUCGUGCAGAAAUCUCUGGAAGAUCAGUUAGCAGAGACUAUAAAAUGUAAAAGGAUGAUGGAAGACCGCAUGCAAAGCCUUGAAAAAGAAAAUUCAAAAAUGAAAGUAAACUUUGGAAAGGCACUGUACUGCAUUGAGAAGUACGUGUCAUCUGCAAGUUCAGUAAGUCAAUCUCUUACGUUCUAUCAUACUUAA